GCUGGAAGAUCUUCUGCGGGAGAUGCUGGAAGGCAAAGCUGAUGCGCAGGCGAUGGUCUUCUGCGAGACCAAACGCAUGGUCGACAACGUCUCCUUCAGCCUCGAGCGCAAGGGGUUCAAGGUGCGCUCCAUUCACGGCGACAAGACGCAGAAGAUGCGCGAUUCGGUCCUCAAUGGCUUCCGCCGCGGCCACGUGUCCGUGUUGGUGGCCACCGACGUUGCUGCUAGAGGCAUCGACAUCCCUGACCUGACGUGCGUGGUGAACUACGACUUCCCUGAUGAGAAUUUGACAAAUUAUCCUAAGUACAUCCCUGACCUGACGUGCGUGGUGAACUACGACUUCCCUGCUGAGGGCGUCGAGAGCUACGUACACCGCAUCGGACGCACGGGGCGUCGCGGCAACAAGGGAUACGCGCACGCCUUCUUCACCGCAGACGACGCCGGGCAUGCCAGGCAACUCAUCAAGUUGAACACUCCUUGUUGA